AUGAGCACGUUGUUCCCUCCCAGCACUGCCAGCUGGAGCCAGCCUGGUGGGAUGGCAUACAACAGGAGUUGGCAUCACAGGCUGCUGAAGCAUGAGGACGAUGACUACAACUGGGCCGACUGUGAAGCUGUUCACUUGAGCACAGUCCCUGUCACGCUGCUCAUCUGCCUCUGCGGGUUGGUGGGGAACGGAGCCGUCCUCUGGUUUCUCAGCUCCCAUGUCCGCAGGAACCCCAUCACCAUCUACGUCCUAAGCCUGGCUGUCACCAACUUCACCUUCCUCCUCUCCAUCGCCAUUGCCAUUGUGAUAUUUUACAGCUCAGGGAGCUUUUGUCACAGGCUGGGCUCACAGGGUGUGACAGCUGUGUUGAACAUCACCAUCCUCUUCACUUUCACCGCCAGCGUCUUCCUCCUGACAGCCUUCAGUGCCAUGAUGUCUCUGUCCAUCCUCCUGCUGGCCCACUGCCGCUGCCACCGCUCCUGGCGCUUGCCAGUGCUCGUGUGUGCCCUGCUCUGGGCCCUCUCCUUCCUGCUCACCAUGAUCCUCUACUUUUGCCCUGCAGUGCUCAUUGUCUUCGUCCUGACCUACCUCGUAUGCGUGCUUACCCUGAUUUUUUCCGGUCUAUCCCUGCUUGCCGGGGUCUUGUGCUGUUCGUGGCAACAUCCCCCAAGGAAGCUCUGUGUUGUGGUCCUGCUAUCUGUCUUCUGCUUCCCCUUCUUCACUGCUGAUUUUGGUUACUGGCUCUUGCUAAGACUGUUUGAUUUUUCUGUUUUUGUCUUUGACACCUCUCUCCCAUUCGCUUGUGUGAACAGCAGUAUCAACCCUGUUAUUUACUUCUUGGCUGGGAGCUGUGCAGAUAAGUUCACACUCUCUGUUAGGGUUGCUUUCCAGAGGGCUUUUGAAGACAUAACAGAGCCCCAAAAUAGAAGUGAAACUCCCAGAAAUAACACCAUGGAAACAGUUGUUUAA